AUGGCCCCGUGCUCGCUGUGCCCACCCGCCUCACCUCGUCGCGCCCUCCUCCGCCGACCAAAGACCCUCCAGGCCGUCUGCAAAGAGUGCUUCUUCGACGUCUUCGAGACCGAGAUCCACCACACCAUCAUGGGCUACGGCACCGCAGAGCAACUCGACCCCACCCGCCCUGGCCACAAAGCUCGACCUGGCCUCAAGAGCCUCUUCACCCGCGGCGAGAGGGUCGCCAUCGGCGCAUCUGGAGGCAAGGACUCGACCGUGCUCGCCUACAUCAUGACUCUCCUCAACAAGCGCUACGACUACGGCCUCGACCUGUGCCUCCUCUCGAUCGACGAGGGCAUCAGCGGCUACCGCGACGCCUCACUCGACACGGUCAAGCGCAACGCCGAACAGUACGCCCUCCCGCUCAAGAUCCUCAGCUACUCGGAGCUCUACGGCGGGUGGACCAUGGACCGCGUCGUGUCCGAGAUCGGCAAGAAGGGCAACUGCACCUACUGCGGCGUCUUCCGGCGGCAGGCGCUCGACCGAGGCGCCGACUUGCUCGAGGUCGACCACAUCGUGACGGGCCACAACGCCGACGACGUCGCCGAGACGGUCCUCAUGAACGUCCUACGAGGCGACAUCUCGCGCGUCGCACGCUGCACGGCCAUCACGACCGGCGGCGACAAGCAGCCGCAGCGCGACGACGGCCAGGACGACGCCGACCGCCUCGAGUCGCUCCUGCCGCGCACCAUCAAGCGCAGCAAGCCGUUCAAGUACGCCUACGAGAAGGAGAUCGUCAUGUACGCCUACUUCAAGAAACUGGACUACCACUCGACCGAGUGCAUCUACGCGCCCACUGCGUACCGAGGGUACGCCCGUGCGCUCGUCAAGGACCUCGAGGCGAUCCGGCCGAGCGCCAUCGUCGACUUGAUCUACUCGGGCGAGGCGCUCGCCUCGUCGCUCGCGCUCCCCGGUCGACGAGCCGGCGGCGAGUGGGACGCGCAGGCGCUCGUCGACGCCGCGCAGGCGCAGGCGGCAGACGGUGGCGCAGACGCGGCGCAGGCGGCAGCAGCGGUGGCGGGCGUGCUCAAGGGCCGGACGGCGGGCCGCAAAAAGACGGCGCAGGUGCAGCAGUCGUGCGCCCGCUGCGGCUCGAUGACGUCGCAGCGCCUGUGUCAGGCGUGCAUGCUCCUCGAGGGCCUCAACAAGGGCGCCGCCAAGGUCGACGUGCAGCAGCAGGCGGCUUGA